CGUUUCACAAAUACUAGAUGAAGAUCCACGUAGAAAUGGUCUUCGUUUACGUUUCCUUGUAUAACCCAAAAUCUCCGGAAACCGGGUUUGGACCCCGCUGCUUCCUCCGAGAAAAUCCACAGCCUCUUUCUCUGUAACUUUCAGGUUUAGGUUUCCGAUCAGCCAAACAGCGGCCAUGGCCAUGCAAAGUGGAAUAGGGGUUUCCAAGAUCCUGAUCUUAGCUGGAGCAGGAUACACUGGCACGAUCCUGCUUAAGAACAAUAAGUUAUCGGACUUGCUUGGAGAGCUUCAGUCGCUGGUUAAGGGAUAUGAAAAAUCGGGAGAGCAAUCGGAAGGUGACUCUGAAUAUUCUGAUGCUAUUGCAGCUCAGGUGCGUCGAUUGGCAGCUGAGGUUCGACAACUUGCCUCUGCACGAUCAAUAACUGUUAUGAAUGGAAGUGAUGGUUAUGGUAAUUUAUCUUCACUUAUAGUUCCUGCUGCUACAGUAGGGGCAUUGGGUUAUGGUUACAUGUGGUGGAAGGGUUUUUCAUUCUCGGAUCUUAUGUAUGUGACAAAGCGUAAUAUGGCUAGUGCUGUUUCGAAUUUGACAAAACAUCUAGAGGAUGUAUCAGCUGCUCUUGCUAAAACAAAGAAGCACUUAACACAGAGGAUACAGCAUUUGGAUGACAAAAUGUUGGAGCAGAAUGAGUUAUCAAAGGCAAUAAAGGAUGAUGUUGCUGGAGUUCACCAAUCUCUUUCUGGAAUUGACUAUGACUUGACUGCAUUGCAGAGUAUGGUUUCUGGUUUGAAUCUCAAGUUAUGUACGUUGGAAGAUAAGCAGGAUGUUGCAGCUCAAGGUGUUCUUUACCUUUGCAACUUCGUCAAUGGAAAGAGAAUGAAAAUGCCUGGAGUAUUGCAGGAGCAACUUAAACAUUAUGAAAAACCACAUAGUUUACUUGGAUAUCAAGAAACACCAAGUCCACAGGGUCUUAAGGAAAUUGACUCUAUGGCUAGAAAUAUCAGCAAGUCGGCAAGUGAUGCAAUUGUGCAAGAUGGUCAUGAUAGGUUGGAAGAACAGCCAAAAUGUCUUCAUAGGUCAGUAUCAACUAGGUGUUGAAGACAACAUCCAGAAGCAACUUCGCUCUGGCUUAUGGUGAUUUUUUUCUUUUUUUUUCCUCCCCUCAUGUAUGUAUUUAGCAAUUAAUUUGGUAAUGAUUGUUAGAAGUUUGAUAUAUACAACAUGAACUGGUCUGUUCUUGUUAUCUUAAAUCUUUCUGAUGAGGAUGCAUUUGUGGUCUCUGGACGAAAUAAAACUUUAUACAGUUUUGAGUACAAAUAUUUUUCAGAUGCUA